GCGCGUGGCGGCGUCCGGCGGAGCUGAGGAAGCUGCAGCGGUCGCAGAAGCCAGGAGCAGAGAGACCGCUGGCAAGAUGUCAGUGGACGAAGGCUCACAGGAAACUUUGCGGCUCCAGUUCAAGGCGAUGCAGGAGCUGCAGCACAGAAGGUUUCAGAAGCAGAUGGAGAAAAAGAAGGAAAAGGAACUGAGCCUCAAAAGCAACGCUGAUGACCAAAAGGAGUCCUUGGAGAUCUCUGAUGGCCUCAGCCUUCUCCACACAGAGGAGCAAAACUUGAAGAACAUCUUAGAGCAGAGGGUGCUUGAAGACGAGAUCCAACAGCUUCGAGAUGAGCUCAGAGAAACAGUUGAUGAGAAUGGGCGGCUGCAUAAGCUGCUGAAGGAAAGAGACUUUGAAAUCAAACACCUCAAAAAGAAAAUCGAAGAGGAUAGAUUUGCCUUCACAGGGACUGCUGGAAUGACCGGAGAUGUAGUUGCCACCAAAAUUGUCGAGCUGUCCAAAAAGAACCGGCUGCUAGUGGCAGAGUCAGAGGGUGCGAAAACCAGAGUGAAGCAGCUGACCAUUCGUAUCCAGGAGCUGGAGCAGGAACUGCAGACAACCUUGGCCAGGCUGCCAGCCAAGGGGGCUACCGAUGCAGGAGCCAAGUCACCGAGGGCCCAGAUGGGAGACAGAGCCUUGCUGGAGACCCCAGAGAUGAAGGCCCUGCAGGACAGGCUGGCGGCCACGAACCUGAAGAUGAGUGAACUGCGUAACCAGAUCCAGUCUGUGAAGCAGGAGCUCCGGAUAGCCCAGAAGGUUUUGGUCAGUGAGGUUGGGGAAGAUGUCAACGUCCAGCAACUCCUGUCCUCACCAGGAACUUGGAGGGGAAGAGCUCAGCAAAUUCUCAUUUUGCAGAGCAAGGUUCGGGAACUUGAGAAGCAGUUGGGACAGACCCAGAGUAGGUCUGCGGGAACAGUCAGUGAUGAGCUGUCGAUCUACCCAGACUCAAGGAAGCUGUCAGCACAGGAGAAAAACCUGCUGAGAAUCCGCAACCUGGAAAGGGAAAAGCAGGAAGGCUGGGAGAAACUUGCUGGUGAGCGGGAUGCCCUCCAGAGAGAGCUUGAAGAGAUGAAAAAGAAGUUCGAGGGCGUGAAGUCCCGCAACAAGGUGCUGUCAAACGAAAUAAAGACCCUCCGGAGCCAGAUGGGGACCCUGGUGGAGAAGGGCAGGCAUGACGAUGAGCUCAUUGACGCCCUCAUGGACCAACUGAAGCAUCUACAGGAGAUUCUGGGCAGCCUGAGUCUACAGGAGGAAAAGAUGCGCACGUCUCAGCACCAUCUGGACCAGAAGGUCAACAGUGAGGCCCAGAGGAGCAGCAGCCUUGUGGCCCAACUGCAGGCCAUGGUGGCUGAGCGGGAGGAGAAGGUGCAGCAGCUAGAAUUGGAGAUUGGGCAACUCAGUAUGCAGUAUCUUCGGAGUAAAGGAGUGGGCGAGGGGUCCAGUGGGCGCAAGGUCAGCCCCACCCAUGCCAGGCCUCUGGAGGAUCAGGGCCUCACCAAGUCUCCUGCUGCAGGCGAUCACAUUGGCAGGCUUGGAUCUUCUCGCUCUGUAAGCAGCAUGGGACACACACUGGUGGAAUCUGCUCUCACGAGGCCUUCUCUGCCCAGUCCCCAUGGGAUCUCACCCAGGUUCUCGGACUCCCCAGAACAAAAAGGCUGGCAGGCACAAGUGACAGAGAUCAAGGCCCUCUGGCAGGCUGCCGAGGUAGAGCGUGACCGGCUUAACGAGUUUGUCACUGUCCUACAGAAACGGGUGGAGGACAGCAAUGGCAGGCUUCUGGAGGCAGAGAGGAGGCUGCAGGAGGAGCGGCACCACACCGUGCUGCUGGAGCAGCAGCUGGAGAAGACGCGCCUGGAGCCCCGCAGGCCUUUGGCCUCGCAGAAAGCCCCCAGGAACAAACUAGGUCUGCCUUCAUCUAACACCAGGCAAAACCCAGCUGGGAGUGAGAGAAAGGACCCACCUUUCACCCAGCUCUCUGAUGUGCCCAUGGAAUCCCAGAUGGAGGAGCUGACCACCAGGUUGGCCAUCCAGGUGGAGGAGAAUGAGAUGCUGAAGGCUGCUUUGGACAGUGCCCUGCGAGGAAAGGAAGAGGACUUCCAGAUGUACCACGAGACCCUGGGCCAGGUGAAAGGGGUCUUCCUGCAGGCCCUGCGGCAGCAGAAAGCUGACAAGCACUAGAACGGUGGCCUAGCAUGAGACAGGCUGCAGGCAGCUCAGGGCCCGAGAGCAUGAGGCCAUCUGAGGACCGCAUCUACUGCAGGAAGCCCACUGGGUGCCAGCUCUGCAACCGUGACAGAGCCCAUGCCUCAAGCCAAGAUUUGGAUGAACCCUGGGCAGGAGACCAGGCCUGGCAACCCAAUGGCCUCAGCUAGG